AUGACGUCGAACUCUUGCGCUUUGCAGAAGAGAGCGCUGCAGCUGAUCGGAGAAACAGACGCUUUGCACUGGGGAUACAGGCGUACAGAGGAUACAGGCGUACAGAGGAUACAGGCGUACAGAGGAUACAGGAGUACAGAGGAUACAGGAGUACAGAGGAUACAGGAGUACAGAGGAUACAGGAGUACAGAGGAUACAGGAGUACAGAGGAUACAGGCGUACAGAGGAUACAGGCGUACAGAGGAUACAGGCGUACAGAGGAUACAGGCGUACAGAGGAUACAGGAGUACAGAGGAUACAGGAGUACAGAGGAUACAGGCGUACAGAGGAUACAGGAGUACAGAGGAUACAGGCGUACAGAGGAUACAGGCGUACAUAGGAUACAGGCGUACAGAGGAUACAGGAGUACAGAGGAUACAGGCGUACAGAGGAUACAGGCGUACAGAGGAUACAGGCGUACAGAGGAUACAGGAGUACAGAGGAUACGUACAGAGGAUACAGGAGUACAGAGGAUACAGGCGUAUAGAGGAUACAGGCGUACAGAGGAUACAGGCGUACAGAGGAUACAGGCGUACAGAGGAUACAGGCGUACAGAGGAUACAGGCGUACAGAGGAUACAGGCGUACAGAGGAUACAGGCGUACAGAGGAUACAGGAGUACAGAGGAUACGUACAGAGGAUACAGGCGUACAGAGGAUACAGGCGUACAGAGGAUACAGGCGUACAGAGGAUACAGGAGUACAGAGGAUACAGGCGUACAGAGGAUACAGGAGUACAGAGGAUACGUACAGAGGAUACAGGCGUACAGAGGAUACAGGAGUACAGAGGAUACAGGCGUAUAGAGGAUACAGGCGUACAGAGGAUACAGGCGUACAGAGGAUACAGGCGUACAGAGGAUACAGGCGUACAGAGGAUACAGGAGUACAGAGGAUACGUACAGAGGAUACAGGCGUACAGAGGAUACAGGAGUACAGAGGAUACAGGCGUACAGAGGAUACAGGAGUACAGAGGAUACGUACAGAGGAUACAGGCGUACAGAGGAUACAGGAGUACAGAGGAUACAGGAGUACAGAGGAUACGUACAGAGGAUACAGGCGUACAGAGGAUACAGGAGUACAGAGGAUACGUACAGAGGAUACAGGAGUACAGAGGAUACGUACAGAGGAUACAGGAGUACAGAGGAUACCCUGUAUCUCGAUGUGUAUUGUAUCGGCAGGUUCUGAACGACGUCCAGCCUUAG